AUUAAAAUCCUGUUGAUCGUGAUUAAACAGGAAGAAAUCAUGACGUCAGUUCAAUAAAUGACCUAAAUUUACCGUGACUAACCUAAUCCUCUYCCAGACGUGUUUUUUUACAUCCAUACGUUACUAUUAUGCAUGUAAAACUGCAUGUGUAUCGAUGCAUUAAGUAGCUGGCCAUUCGAGCUGAAUUGACCUUGAAAUUACCGAACCUAUUUAAGAGUGCAGCUACGGAUGGUCCGAAAACUUUAUUAAAGAAGCAAGAUUGUGCAUUURAAUUAACAUGUAUCGCAAGACUGGUGUGAUAAAAGGCAAAGUUUCGAUGUACCAGCCUCGAAGGCCUAAUUUUGACCGAUAUGAGGAUACAUCUAAACCUUGGGCCAAAACUGGAGCAUGGUUUUUAGGUCCCAAGGCCGACAAUGCAGAAAUCUUCAGGAAGCUUGCAGUCGAGGCAAUAGACAACCACAUUGAUUUCAGGAGAAGCUACUAUCCGUGUGAUCCUUACUACGUGACGGAUGACAUGCGUCAAUCAGAAUCCUUUCAGGAGACUAUCAAGAAAACGACCGACGAAUUGCGAAACAUGCAAAAAGACUUCUACAAGGCUGUGCCAUUUUUUAGUUCCCGUUAUAAGGGUCACGUCAUAUGGGAUACCGUCAUGCCCGCCAAUCUCGGUUACAUCACUGCAAUGUUGUUUAACCAAAACAACUGCGCUUCUGAAGCCUCUACGGUGACUACCAAGUAUGAAGUAGAAGUGGGUAAGGAUCUUUGCGAAAUGGUUGGAUUUGAUCCUGAUAAAUCCAUGGGCCAUAUUGUUACUGGUGGUACCGUGGCUAAUAUAGAGGCUAUGUGGGCUGCCCGCAAUAUCAAGUACUAUCCUGUCGGCCUUCAGGAUGCUAUCAAAAAUGAAGAGGCUCUAUCCAAAGCCAAGGAUUAUAUGCUGAUUUUACCGUACAAGAACAAAGAACUGAGGAUCRUGGAUGCAGCAAAAUGGGACUUAUUAAAUCUGGAUAUAGAUGAAAUUUUACAACUACCCGAAAAGGUAGCCAAAAUGGCAGGUAUCACCUUGAUGGAACUGACUUCAAUAAUGACCAACUACUCGUUUGAAUGCAUUGGACACGAGUUUUGUCAACGGCAUAAUUUAAUAGGCAGCUCCUGCUUUCUUGCUCCUUCCACUGCUCACAUUUCCCUUUUCAAAGGAGCAACUAUACUGGGAAUGGGAAAAAAWAACCUAGUACUGGUACCCGUGGACGAAAACGCUAGAAUGGACAUCAAAGGUUUGCGUGACAUUCUGGAAGACAAACUGGUCAAAAAAGUUCCAGUCAUUAGCGUGAUAGUGGUGAUGGGUACAACGGAACAGAGUGCAGUAGAUCCCCUCACUGAGGUACUUGAGGUUCAAGAAGAGAUGAGACGAAGGGGCUUGAACUUCAUGAUUCAUGCAGAUGGGGCCUGGGGUGGUUACUUCUGUUCCAUGUUACGAACACCAUCAACUCCAUUACAACCCCACAAACGUGACAAUUCUUCAUGGUUUGUGCCCGAAUUAAGUCUUGGGAGUUACACUGGUGCUCAGCUCGCUGCCAUUUCAAAUGUUGAUACCAUCACUGUUGAUCCUCACAAAACUGGCUUUUGUCCCUACCCUGGUGGAGCUAUUUGUUAUCGCGACAAGAGAAUGAAUGAGUUUUUGAACAUCAGCCAUCAGGCUGUUUAUUAUCACGGAGCUCUAAACCUUGGAGAUGUUGGCAUUGAAGGAUCAAAACCUGGGGCAGCCGCUGCUGGUAUCGUGAUGGCMCACAGGAUUAUUGGUUUGCAUAAGAAUGGUUAUGGAAGGAUUCUUGGUGAAUGCAUGUUCACUUCUAAGCUACUCUAUUGCUACUGGACUGCACUUGCUGACAGUGAUGACCCCUUCAUCUUGAUACCUACAAAACCUUUACCACCUGACCGCAGUCCYGAACAACACAUCAGAUACAUAAAGAAGAACAUCAUUGGUAAAAGUAAUGAGGAACUUGUCCAGAACCAUGAAGUGAUGGAGUAUCUUCGUGAGAUUGGUCCUGACACAAUGGUGCCAUGUUUCUCAUUGAAUCUCAAAGGCAACACAGAUGUCAACCUUUUAAACAAGAUAGUUGAAGUGCUCUAUAAAGAUCUCUCGAUGUCUGAUGACAGAGUUAGUAGUUACAGAUUUCCAAUGAUUGUGACGUCAUCCACGUACCAGCACCAUUAUCAUAGCACAGCACUGAAGCAAUUUAAGAAAAGAUUAGGGGUUGAUCCUUAUGAUACRACUGGAGUCAAGUACAUCAAAACAACUUGUAUGGAUCCUUGGGCCACAUCCACGGAAUUCCUCUUCGACCUGGGAUCRAUUAUGAGGAACGCCAUCCUCUGUGCUAUAGGGGCGGUAUUGGAUCCUCCCGUUUGUCAUGAUUUUGUUGGCACUGGUCACCUAGAUUCAAGAGGUCAGAUGAUUGUAUACUACUCUGGACAAUUUCCCGUUGUUUCGCRCCAGUAUCACGCACUGGCAAAGAUAGAAUUCGUCAAUGAAUGUGACGGAAAGGCCAUAAUUGAAGUCUUGAAGCAACGAAAGAGCAAACUCCUUAUUUUGAGAACUGUAGAAGAAGAGCAACUUCAYGAUAUUCUGUUACAUGAAAUUAGUUCCAAAAAACUGGGAGUGGUAGAGACAUUGUCAUUAAGAUUGGUCAGAAAAUCUGGUUUAAUGGUGAAACUAUCAAUAAUGGAUAGGAUAKAAUAGGAAGGAUUUCAUUGCUGCUGUUGCACAAGAGCCUAUGCAAGMGUAAAAUUAUUUCAUAGAUUUAGAACUUCAACAGUCGAUUUUAGAUUAGGUUUCCAUGAUGUAGAGUUUUAUUCUUUCUUUCAAAUAUUUUAGAAUUAAAUAGUUUAUCAAUGACCCUAUUUUAACAAUUAYUUUAAACUAAUAUGACGACCAUUUUCAAUAGACAUUGAAUCUACUUGAAAAGCUAGUCAAGUAAAAAACCAAACAGUUACCACAGAUGUGGUAACAGGCUGCAAGAAAAYAAUUGUAAACUUACCUCAGAACUGUCUUAUAAGGUACCAGUGGUGAGCUGAAAUGUCCAAGACUAUGAAAAAUGAAAAGUACAAAAAAAUUAGUAAAGUAUUUUUUCAUAAGAAACCAAAACAUAUGUUUUACUAAAAGAUACAGUUAAUGUAAUUAUCGUUUUCCAGAUU